AUGCCCUUAUCGCCUAUUUAAUUAUUGCUUUUAUAAUAAAUUAAAUUCUAUAGUUGUUAGUUAGUUAUUUAAAAUAGUGAAAUAAUAAACAAAUAUUUGAAAAAUAUUAAGAAAUAAUAUUCUAACAUGUAAAAUUGUGGAUGGAAUAUGCAUCAAUAUUGGUCCAUUAGAAAAAAAUAUUUAAGUAAAUAAAGAAUUAAUUAAUUAAUAAAAUUUGUUCAAGUAAAAAAAUAUUUUUACUUAAGGCUGAGAGCCAAGCUUGAGAGAUAAGGACACAUUUUUAAAGAAGAGCCCAAGUUUGAAAUUCCCUAUGGACCGAUAUUAUUAUUGCUUUAAUAUUUUCCAAAUUAAUUUGUUAGUAUUUAUUAAUGA